CAAUCAAUCGGAUCUUCUUUUGUUACCAAUUCGUAGGAAGAAAAGACACAUUUGUGACGUGGCUAAUCAUCUGGAAGACAAAAAGACAACAUUUUUAGAACAUUUAGGCAUUUGAUCCGCUCUGAAAUACAAGAACGAUAAACUCAUUUUGUGGACCCAUGUAUUUUUGUUGUUUUUGACAGGGAAACUUUGCACGGAGGCUAGCGUAACUGCUAGCUUCCACACUGACAGCUGGAGAGGAAGAGACGUGGCAUGCGCUAAGAGUCGACCAUGUCGGACAACGAAGCCAGCGCACCCGAGGUUCAGGCCGCCGAGACGCCCGACGGCUCCCCGCCGACCUCUCCCGACGUGUCGACGGAUGUGGCGCCCACCAGGAAAGCCCGGAGGAGGGCGGAGCCCCAAGCCCAAUUGCCAGAGGAACCCAAAAUGGACGAGGAGCCGGCAAAGGGGCCACCGAGUCAGUCUACAGUUAUGCAGGGAGGUUGGGGUUUCUGGGGUGACUGGGGCAAAUCCAUCCUCUCCACUGCCACCGCCACCGUGGCCACUGUGGGCCAGGGGCUGACCCAAGUCAUCGAGAAGGCCGAGACAUCGCUGGGCAUCCCGAGUCCCGCCGAGCUGUCGGUUCAAGCGGCAGACGACGAGAAGGCGGAGGAGCAGCAGCGGCGGGAAGCGGGUGAGAUGGAACGGCCGGCCGGCGCCAUGGGGAUGCUCACGUCGCUCACCAGCGUUGUUCAGAACACGGGGAAGACGGUGAUCAGCGGCAGCCUGGACGCUCUCGAGUUCAUCGGGAAGAAGACGAUGGACGUGAUUGCGGAAGGCGACCCCGGUUUCAAGAAGACCAAAGGCCUGAUGAUCGGGACUUCCACCCUCUCUCAGGUGCUGAGGGAGGCUAAGGAGCGAGAGGAGCUUCAAACGGAGGAGUCGUCGGACUCUGAGAAGAAGCCGGUGGCUCACUACGGGGUCCUCUUUGACCAGUAUCAGGGCCUCGCUCACCUUGAGGCCCUGGAGAUGCUUUCUCGGGAAAGCGAGUCAAAGGUGAAGUCGGUGCUGACGACGCUGUCGGGAGACGAGCUGAGCAAGCUGAGAGAUGAGCUGGGGCUCAUCAAGGCCGCCUUCUCCAUGAUGGAGUUUGACGACGAAGACGUGGACGAGAAGAAAGACCAGGAUGGCGCCGAGUUUGAAGCGGAGCUCGGCCAAGCCCUGGAAGGUCUCCGUGUUUCCACCACCGCCGAAAAACUCAGCAAGGCUUGCAAAGACGCCUGCGACGUGAUCGUGGACUUCAGCAAACAGGCAGAGGACGACGAGGAAGAGAGGGGCCAGCUCACAGUGGAGGAGGUGAACGCCGCCGCCAUCAGGAGUCUUGCCGAGCUGACGGCGCGCUCCAUCGAGCUUUUCCACAAGCUGGGCGAGGGCCUCCUGCUGUCCAACGGAGACGUGGAGGUGGACAUCUUGUCGCAGCUGACGGUUGUCCUGUGUAAAGAAGUCUCGCUGCUUUCCAAGAAGUUCACCACCUGUCUAACAGCGGCUGGGUCAAACGAGAAGGGAGAAGUGCUCAACCCACUUAUAACGGGAGUCUUCUUAGAGGCAUCGAACAGUGCGUCGUACAUUCAGGAUGCCUUCCAACUCCUGAUGCCCAUCCUGGAGAUCUGCCACAUCCAGAGGAGAGCCAACCCGCCCGACCACUGAUUUUUUUUUUUUUUUUCCUUCCCCAGUUUCAACUGGUUUUAACUACCGGUAUAUGUUUUGUAUCUGUCAAACUAGCCACUAUGGAACUCUUACCACUGCUGCUUUGCAAGUGGCAUCAGUUCAAGUUCUGAACCCCCCCAAAAAAUCCUUCUCACUCAAAGCUCAGGUGGUCAGAUAUGAAGUCUUGUGGUCAGGUCAUGUGCAGAGCGGUGGAACAAACAGACGAAGUGCUUUAAAAUAAAACAUUUUAUAGGUA